AUGACUGUUCACGCGAACCAUAAUAGCAGCGGCUUUGCGACUCGUGCUGUGCACGCCGGCUCUCCCCAUGACCAGACGACUGGUGCGGUGAUCCCUGCCAUCUCUCUUUCUACAACUUUCGCCCAGAAAAGUGUAGGUAACCCUGUGGGUGCCUACGAGUACACCCGAAGUGCGAAUCCUAACCGUGAUAAUUUUGAAACUGCCAUCGCAGCACUGGAAAAUGCGAGAUAUGCCCUUGCUUUCGCAUCUGGGUCGUCGACUACUGCUGUUAUUCUCCAGUCCCUCCCAAUCGGUUCUCACGUCGUCUCGGUGGCUGACGUGUACGGCGGAUCCCAUCGGUAUUUCACCCAAGUAGCCAAUACUCAUGGUGUUGAAAUAUCAUUUACUCCUCAUCUAGAGGAUGACUUGGAGAAGCUGAUUCAGCCUGGCAAGACUAAGCUCGUCUGGGUUGAGACACCAUCGAACCCAACCCUUGGCCUGGUGGAUCUUCGCAAAGUCGCCUCCAUUGCUCACUAUCACGGAAUAUCCCUGGUUGUUGACAACACUUUCUGCAGCCCCUACGUCCAGAACCCACUGUCUCACGGCGCAGAUAUUGUCGUGCACUCUGUUACCAAGUAUAUCAAUGGGCAUUCGGAUGUCAUUAUGGGCGUAGCUGCUUUCUACUGCCCAGUUUGGAAGGAGCGUUUAACAUUCCUUCAAAAUGAAAUCGGUGCUCUGCCAUCCGCAUUCGACUGCUGGCUAGCUCACCGGGGCUUAAAAACCCUACAUCUACGCUCGCAGGCUGCUUGCAAGAAUGCCACGGCUAUCGCACUUGCAUUAGAGGUAUCUGAAGAUGUCAUCUCUGUCCUAUAUCCGGGCAUCGAGCCACACCCUCAAAGAGACGUUGCAAUUCGCCAGCACCGUGAUGGUAUGGGUGGAGGCAUGUUGAGUUUCCGCCUGAAGGGUGGCCGCAUAGCAGCACAUGAAUUCUGUCAGAAUACAAAGAUAUUUACCCUUGCAGAGUCAUUGGGUGGGAUUGAAUCUCUAUGUGAAGUCCCUGCAGGCAUGACUCAUGCGGGUAUCUCCGAGAAAGAGCGAGAGAGGUCGGGUGUUUACGACGAUCUCGUCAGACUUAGCUGCGGCAUUGAAGACACCAAGGACCUUAUUCUUGACGUUCAACAAGCAAUCAAGGUUGCAACAAACUCUACUUUUAACCGGAGAUCUAUAAACAGAUCAUAA